AUGGAAAACCACGAGCAAGUGGAACGCGAACUGCUGGAACAGUGCGACCAGGUCGCUAUUCUGAUGGAGUGUUUCUCAUGGCUGCAACGAUGCGACGAAUGCAUCGAGCAGUUCGAAGAGCUUUGUCGUGCCAAGCGUCCGCGCCUCACCAUUGAUACAGACAAUCCGCGGUGGCGGGGAUCGUACGACUCGCGGGUGCAAAGUUGGAAUUGGAGCGACGGUUCGUGCACAUUGGUGGCGAGUGCAGUGAUAAACUCUAAUCACAUCGAGCCGUGGCGGUUUUUAGAAGACGCUGGCGAUGUAAUGAACACCGCGUUCAAUGGCGAGUUUGCGACGAAGGAUAAACGUGCUAAGAGCAUAAUUACAAAGAACAGCGAGAUAUAUUGUUGCACCGAUAUGCACGAGUGGUACGAGUACGUCGCCUAUGCAUCGCUCGAAGAAUUCCAGGAACGCGACAGUGAUGAAACGAGCGGUGAUCAGUGUUUAUUCGACGGACAAUGCAUGUUCGCGUGGUCGGUGGUUGCCGCUCUAUAUCCCGCAGAAAAACAUGUAAAUCGGGAAUCAUCAUACCCGCAUUACACCGCAGUAUUAAAUCUCGCGGGUAUCGAAUUUCCAAUGAUAUUAAAAGACAUUCCGAAAUUCGAACGGUUGAACGCGGUGUCGAUCAACGUCUACAGCAUCGAAAAUAGACAGGUCUUUCCUCUGCGGCUCACCAAUGACAAGAAGGAGAAGCAUGUCAAUCUCCCGUACCUUCAUUACUUCAGUUCGUGCGAAAAAUUGCAGUCGCACGAAGUGGACUGCCAGAAGAUCAACAACUGCGCCAUCCGAGCGAGGACAACAGGUAGCUCGAAUUCGACAACUAUAACAAUCGAGAACGAGUACUGUUCAUCGUCUACGCCGAUCUGA